GACAAAGAUGGCGGCGACGCAGGCACGGCGUAAACACGAUUGUGCUUUUGUUUGAUGCUCUUUGCUAAAGUUUGCAAAAAUUUUCGUAUAAAUAAGACGUGAUGUCGUUCUUUGGCAUUUAAUUCACGAUGGAGGAAGUUCCUGUAAGAGUAGCGGUCAGGGUGAGACCACUUGUAGGGCAAGAAAAGACUCAUAAUGUACCAAAGUGUAUCACAUUUGUACCUGAUAAGCCCCAACUGAUUCUUGGUAAAGACAAAGCAUUCACAUUUGAUUACGUAUUCCAACCUUCGGUUUCUCAGUCCGAAGUAUACAAAACUUGUGUCGAGCCUUUGGUUGAGGGUUGUUUUGACGGCUACAAUGCCACGGUCUUUGCAUAUGGACAAACAGGGUCAGGUAAAACAUACACAGUUGGUAGUUCACACACAGCUGAACUCUUAGAUGAUGAAUAUGGAAUCAUUCCUAGAGCUUUAGAGCAAAUAUUUCAAGUCAUUGAGGAAAGGCGAGAGAAAGUCCACUUUGUUGUGAGCGCAUCGUACAUUGAGAUUUACAUGGAGGAAAUGAGAGAUCUUUUAGAUCUUGAAACUUCAACAAAGGAUAUUCACAUUCGUGAAGAUGAACAAGGGAACACAGUAAUCACAGGCGCAACAGAACAAGUUGUGGAGAGUUCAGACGAAGCUCUGAGCUGUCUGGACGCAGGAGCCGCAGGUCGACACGUUGGCAGCACGAAUAUGAAUGAACAUUCCAGCAGAUCACAUGCAAUAUUUACCCUUUAUAUUGAACAGCACAUGAUACAAGAGGAAGAGAAGGAGCAAAAAGACAAUCUUGUUAUGGCUGAAUAUUCUCAGUUCAUGUCGGCGAAGUUUCAUUUCGUUGAUCUGGCUGGUUCGGAGAGAGCUCAUCGCACUGGCAACGUUGGCGAGAGAUUCAAAGAAUCAGUUCACAUCAACAGUGGUUUGCUUGCUUUGGGAAACGUUAUAAGUGCUUUGUCAGACAGCAAGAAAAAGGUAGGUCACAUUCCCUACAGAGAUAGCAAAAUCACGAGAAUCCUCAAAGAUUCUCUUGGCGGUAAUGCCAAAACUGUAAUGCUGACGUGCCUCAGUCCUGCUGCCGCUGAUCUCGCUGAGAAUCUAAACUCACUGAAAUAUGCUACAAGGGCACGGAACAUUAAAAACAAGCCCAUCGUGAACAGGGAUCCACAAGCUGCAAAGCUCGCGGAAAUGCAGGAUGAGAUUGAGGCUCUUCGCGAAGAACUUCAGAGAACUCGCGCAAGAACGUUGGAGUCGGUCAGCGAUGUUUGUGAUGCCAGCAAGAUCAGGGAAACAGCUGAAGAAUUGGAGAGAACACAGCAUGAUUUAGAAGUUGUGCGCAGCCUGUUGGACGAGGCCACGACUCUCUUAAAUGAAGUAUACAAAGCUAACGGCAUAAACAGAACGCUGGCGCAUCAGUACGAGCUUUUUAAGAAACGGGUUGAGAGGUUUAAGAAAGGACCCUUAAAAAUGCCGCGAACGAGCCCGACGCAGAAAAAUCCAAGUGAGAUUGUCGAUGAACUUAAAAAGGAACUCGCAAAAUACAAAAAUGACUUGGCAGCGGACACUGAAAUAUUCGCAGAGCGGACGAAGGAAAGCGACAGUUUACGAGAUCACAUCAAGGAACUGCAGGAAGAAAAUUUGAAUCUCAACGAACAGUUGAAAGAUGUCUCAGACAAACUGAAAAAACACGAUGAUCGACUGUUGAGACAACAAGUUCAGUUAAACAAACACUCGAUCUCGAAAGAAAAUGGAAUAAUUGAAGAUGAGGCCAAAGAAAAUAUUGGAAAGAAGAACUGGAGUGAUCUACCAGAAGAAUAUAAGCGUGGCUCUCUCACGUCAAGUGCCGGAAAGAAUGUUCUGGAUAGAAUGAUGCAGAAUUUCCGCGCCCGCAGUGAUAUUCUUGUUGGUCAGUACGAGGAGGAAGAUGAGGUCCAGCAUUCGCUUUCAGACACCUCUGACAGCGAUCAAGAAGAAAAGACUGGGAAAGAGAAGCACGUGGCUACGCCCUCGAAAACUUUGGGGAAAACCUGGAGAGCUAAAGACAAAGCGGUCAGUUCUGGAAACAAAAAGGUUACAAAAGGUCGUCAAACUGGGGCAUUGAAUUCGCCUGCAACAAAGAAUACUCAGUCGAGUAUCAGGAAAAGAUCCGAAAUUGCUAAGGAAGAAAAAUCCAAAAAGCCAGCAGAAAGUGAAAUUCAAAAUCUCCGAAUGAGCACACAAGUUGUUCAGACUCAGGUUAACAAGUCUGAGGUACGACUUCGCGAAGCCCAGCGUCAACUCAGAGAUCUUACCAUCAAUAUUAAACUGAAACAAGAAUUGAUCAAAGAGUUAGUUCGAAGCGACAAGGAGGCGAACGUGAUGAAGAAAACCUUCACAGAGAAGGUCGAACGGAUGCAGAAAGAGGUUGAAAAGAAGAAAAAAGAUUUGGAAAAUACACAGAAAACUUUAGCUCAGUACGAAGUGAAGUCUCACCAGGAACAAAACGAAAAACAGAAGCUAGGGCAAGAGUACAAGAGGAAACUUCAAAUCCUCGAGGAACAGUUGAAUGAAUUAAAGAAAAAACAAAAAGACAACGAGAAAGUUUCUGUUCUUCAUGACGAACGCGAGAAGAAACUAUCAGAACUCGAGCAGCAUUUGGACAAGAUGAAGCUACAACAGAAUAAUCUGCAAAAGAGACUUAGAGACGAGACUGAGAAGAAGGUGAAAAUGGAACGAGAGGUUCAGAAAGAUCAACAAAAGAUCAAAGAACUGGAAGAUAAGAACCUCCAGAAUGAAAAAAUAUUGAAAAGAAAAACAGAAGAGGUUGCCGCAGCCCAGAGGAAGCUGAGACGAAAAACUUCCAAAGAGGAAAAUGACGAGGCCAGUAAGUUAGAUGAACGUCGUCAAUGGCUUGAUAAUGAACUCGAGGAGGUUUUGAGCAAGAAGCAAGCGAUGGAAACACUUCAAGAGGAACUCGAAAAACGUGAAGAAAUUUUGAAGGAACGCGAACAGAUGGUGAGAGAGAAAAGUGAACUACAGAUGAAGAAACUUCGCUCCAGCCAAGUUCUAUCAAAAGAUAUUUUACGUAUGUCAACACAACUGAACACUGUCGAGGAAGAGCUUCGAGAGAAGGACACGGAACUCAAAGAAAGCGAGGAUGAGCGAACCUGUGAGAAUAUUCGUCAAGAUAUUGAACUUCUGGAAAUCAAGAGAACAGAGCUGCUGAAACAACGCGAGGGACUGGAUGCUAAAUUGAAGGAGGGAAGUUUAUUGAAUGUCGAAGAAGAACGAAGACUUCUGGAAUUCGAAGAAGGCAUUGACGCUCUAGAAGCGGCUAUCGAGUUUAAAACCGACUCAAUCAACACAAAAAAGAAGAAAUUACGGGACGAGGACGCCGAAGCCACGCAAAACGACUUGGUCGUUAAACUCAAUAGCCUAGGUCGAGAAGACGCUAUCUUUCUCUUGUCAAAAUAUUUCGCGAAAGUCGUCUCGCAUCGUGAAAACGAGCGCAAACAGCAGAUGAAAUGUGACGAUUUAACGUUGCGUGUUGACGAACAGGACCGAGUGAUUAGAGAACUGGAACGGGGCUACAAACAGGCUGACUUGCGGGCUGAACGCAGGCUGACCGAUCAGGCCAAAGAAUACGAACAGCGCGUACAAUUCCUUAUGAAGCAAGUCAAUGAUAUGGAGAAACAUACGAGUGAUAAAGAAAACCGUAUCCUGGAGCUUGAGAAGGAUUUGUAUUACUACAAGAAAAUGAGUCGAGAUCUGAAGAAGAAACUGCGAGAAUUGGCUGGGAAGGAUGGAGUACUGGACUCUAUGCAGACUGCCAGUGUUCAAAGUGAUGCACCACCGCCUGAAGGUGAACUCGGGUUGCGUGUUGCGAUGAAAAGUCAUGAUCAACAAAGAGGGAACAAAGUGAAUGAUGGAAACCUCAAGAACGUGUUAGACAAAGUUGUUGGCAGUCAACCCUCGACCCCCGUGCGUGUGUCGCGCAAAGAUCUUCGAGAAUUAAGCGAGAAAGAGGUCUCAGUUCGCAAAACGCAACCAUCUUCGCGGCCCGACGUAGCCGCUUCAAGCGUGCCUCGGAAAUCUUCGAUAGAUCGUGUCCCGGUCGUACAACAGUCGGAAAGAAGCUCAAGACGUGAUCGCGAGUCGGUUCAAGCAAGUUCACUGCAAGAUUCCAUCGAGCAAAGUGGAAACCCGUGGACGUAGUUUUAGCGAUAUAUUUAUUUCUUAUAAAUAACCGAGAUGUAAAUAUAGGUAAUAUAUAUUGUUACGUA